UUCUAACUCCAAGUCAACCAUUGAGUCUAUGUAAGAGUAAAAUACUGGAAUGCUCUCAUUCUACAUUUCAAGCUUAAUUUUGUAUUUAUAGACUACAUCUCUCCAGCAUUUCCUCUAAAAGGCCAAAGAAACCCAAAGAGUGUGUGUCGUUAAAGCAGUGAGAAGAAAAUGGUAGUUGCUGGCCCUGGUGGUGGCGGUGGCGGUGGUUUGGCUGACAUGAAGAACCUAACCAUCCAAGUUAUCACCGGCAGGUGGUUCAUGGUUUUCGCGUCAUUUCUAAUCAUGUCGGCAGCAGGUGCAACUUACAUGUUUAGUCUUUACUCGGGUGACAUCAAAUCAGCCCUUGGUUACGACCAGACCACCCUCAAUCUCCUCAGUUUCUUCAAAGACUUGGGGGCCAACGUCGGAGUCCUCUCCGGCUUAAUCAACGAGGUGACUCCACCGUGGGUGGUUCUUUCGAUGGGAGCAGUCUUGAACUUUUUUGGGUACUUCAUGAUAUGGCUAGCCGUGACUAGAAAAAUCACGGGAGUUCAUGUCUGGCAUAUGUGUUUAUACAUAUGUAUAGGUGCCAAUUCUCAGUCGUUUGCUAAUACUGGGUCUCUUGUCACAUGUGUCAAGAAUUUCCCAGAAAGCCGUGGUGCUGUUCUUGGUAUCUUGAAGGGUUAUGUUGGUCUGAGUGGUGCUAUUAUUACUCAAUUGUACCAUGCCUUUUAUGGUGAUGAUUCAAAGGCUUUGAUUUUGCUCAUCGGGUGGCUUCCUGCUGCUAUUUCUUUUGCCUUCCUGCGUACCAUUCGUAUCAUGAAGGUAAUUCGCCAACCAAAUGAGCUUAAAGUCUUCUACAAUUUUCUCUACAUUUCUCUUGGUUUGGCUGGAUUUCUGAUGAUAAUCAUCAUAGUAGAGAAACAGCUCCAGUUCAACCGAGCCGAGUACGGUGCUAGUGCUGCCAUGGUCAUUUUCUUGCUCUUUCUUCCUCUUGCUAUUGUUUGUAUAGAAGAGUAUAAGAUCUGGAAGAGCAAGAAGGUAGCCUUGAAUGACCCUUCACCUUUGAAUAUCAUAACCGAGAAGCCAAGACAACAAGAAAUCACUGUCCCAUCAUCAUCUAGUAUAGAGGAUAACAGCAGCAGCAGCAAUGUUUCUUGCUGGAAAACUUGUUUUAGGCCACCAGAUAGAGGAGAGGACUAUACUAUUCUUCAAGCACUUUUCAGUGUUGAUAUGUUGAUCCUCUUCUUAGCUACAAUUUGUGGAGUUGGAGGAACACUCACAGCUAUUGACAACUUAGGCCAGAUAGGGACUUCUUUAGGGUACCCUAAAAGAAGUAUUAGCACCUUUGUGUCAUUGGUAAGUAUAUGGAAUUAUCUCGGUAGAGUUGUAGCAGGUUUUGCGUCUGAACAUUUCUUAACCAAGUAUAAGUUUCCUCGCCCUUUAAUGCUCACCCUAAUCCUUCUAUUUUCAUGUGUCGGUCACCUCCUAAUUGCCUUUAAUGUCCCUAGUGGACUUUACGUAGCAUCAAUAGUUAUUGGGUUUUGUUUUGGUGCUCAAUGGCCAUUGCUUUUUGCUAUAAUCUCAGAGAUUUUCGGCCUAAAGUACUAUUCUACUUUGUACAAUUUUGGGUCAGUAGCCAGCCCAAUUGGGUCCUACUUGCUUAAUGUAAGGGUUGCAGGGCACUUGUAUGAUAAGGAGGCGAUGAAGCAAUUGACAGCUCAAGGACGAGUGAGACUGCCUGGUCAAGACUUAAAUUGCAUUGGGACUGAAUGCUUUAAGCUGUCUUUCAUUAUUAUUACUGCUGUAACAUUUUUUGGUACUUUUGUAUCAUUCAUUUUGGUGGCUAGAACUAGAGAGUUUUACAGGAGUGACAUUUAUAAGAAGUUCCGGGAGGCAGCACAAGCCGCCGAGACUGAAAUGGCGGUCGCCGGACAGGGCCAGGGCAUCAAACAGACAGAAGCCAAGGCCGCUGGCUAGAGAUGUAAUAAUGAAUGAUUGAUAUUACAGGAAAAAAAAAAGAGCAAAGAAACAAAAACAAAAUAGAAAAAGUUAUAGAUAGAUACUUAUGUGGUAAUGUUAAUUACAAAGUAGUCCCAUUUGAAUUCUGAUGUAUACUUGUAGACCUUGGGAUUAAUUUUCUAAUUUUAUGCUUUUAUUUAUAGUUUCUUUCACUAUCAAUGAUCUAUGCCAAGAAAACAAGGUUCUGUUUUUGUUGUAUAAAAGAAUUCAGGACUUUCUUGUAAAAUUGGAAAAACAAAACAGGGUGGCCGUUUGGCUAGUUUGUCAUCACUAUAAAGAAGUAUUUGUCA